CACAGCCCGGUUUCUAUGGCAACAAGCGCCCCGGCAGCCGCCACGUGGAGACUCCGCCCACGUCGUCCGGGCCGCCUCCCGCUCAGCUCCACCCAGUGCCCGAGCCGCCGGAGGCCGCAGCCUCGCGCCGCUGGCAGCCUCUCGCCUCGACGCGAACUACAUCCCCCAGAGCGCUCCGCGGGUGCCGCGCCCCGCCCACGUGACCGAAACCACGCGCACUACAUUUCCCACGAGGCAGCGCGCGCGCACUCCCGGAAACAAUCCUACCUCUCUCGUCGGGCCGCGGGGCGGACGCUCUGUGUCGUUUCCAAGAUGGCUGCCUCCUGCGGGCUCGUGCGUGCCUGGAGGCGGCUGAGUCUGGGGGUCCCGCCGCGCAGGGCAUUGUGGGGCGGCAUGAGGAAGAAGGUGAGAGAACCAGAGGUGGUUGAAACAGCUGUUCUAGAACCACCCAUCCUGGUCUGUCCCCCACCACGCAGUAGGAAGUACCUUCCCCCAGAGGAUCUCCAGAGUCGUCUUGAGUCUCAUGUCAGGGAAAUCUUUGGACCCUCACUCCCUGAGGACUGGCAGAAGGCCUCACUAAAAGAAAGCAAGUUAAAGUAUCGUCUGCUGGCGCAACUGGCUGCAGAACUAGGCCACGCGGUCCCCAAUUCACGACUCCACCAAAUGUGCACUGCUGGGGAUGUCUUAGCUUUCUACAGCACGCAGGUCAAAGAUGCCUCAAAAUUUGAUGAGCUAUGUACUGCAGAGCUGCCCUCAAACCUAAAGAUUAUGUGGGAACACUGAGUCAUGCCAGUCUGGGAUGAUGUCUAGGUGAGAUUCAUCAUGGUGAUGGUCUAUACAUCAUAUACGCCAUUGGGAGUUCAUUUAAAUGUCUUCAGAUUUCAAGGACACUGCUUACUGCUUAAAAAAUAAAAAAAAGCAGCUUUUGUUAUGAUGCAACAGUGACAGCUGGUCAGUAAAGAGAACAUUUGUAUCCCAUCUAUUCCAGGCCAUACUCCUUAUUUAAGGGCACAACAACACUGCAAAAACAAACAAAACUAGCAGAUAGUUUCAGAAACUGGGUCAACUGGCUUAGACUCAGGGCUGCAUGUCUCUUUUGCUGUGUUGACACACCCUAUGAGGAAUAAUUCAAAACAACCAUUGUCUUAACAUUUUCAGGUAUCACCAAGAUUCAGUAUUACAUUUCCUAGUUAAGGGCCCCCACCAUAUGCUAGGAAACUGAGUUCUGGUCCCUGCAGCAGUUGCUUACUACAGUUUUCUCUCUAUUCAGAAGUUUUCCUUACCACAGUGUAAGUGUGUCUCCAAUAGUUAGCAGGGGUAGACAGUGGUGGUGAUUUGAUGUACAUACCCAUCAAUGACAUGAAACAAAAAUGGAAACAUUUUGUAAGGAAAUGUAAAAUAAAUGACAAGGUGUGGAAAUGUACUGGUAUUGAUUGUGUGACUUCUGUCUUUCACAGACAAGUUUAAGUGCAAGGGUGGUCAUCUGUAGGUAUGUGUGAGCAUGGGUCUGGGGGAGGAUGAAUGUAUCUACACCAUCACACAUGGUAAGCCUGGGUGGAUCCCUUUGGGUAGGAGGUAUUUACAGGAACUUGUAUUAACAAAUAAUGCAGCAUUGUGGAGCAGGCAUAGAAUAGCUUGGAUUCUCCUCUAGGACUUCU